AUGGAUCCGUGCGGGGGAGCGAGGGGAGAGACGUGGUGGCUCACCGGGAGCCGUAGGGAAGUGGCAGUGUGCUCUGGGAGGCGCGAAGCAUCCGGAAUCGACGGCGAUAGACGGCGGCGAUCCGAGGAAGGAGAAGAAGAUGGCGGUGGUGUGGAGGUGCGAUCGAUCGACGAUCAGUUUAAUAUGGAUGAGAGGAGGAUGCCGAGGUCAUGGAGACCGGUGCUGGCGUCGGCAACCAAGUGCUGCAGCUCCGAGGACGCCGUGGUGGCCGGGAACGGGCUCACAAGCUGCCGCCCGGCACGCUCCGAGUUCUCACGCCGUCUCGCCUCCUUCCGCCGCCUUUCCUCCAUGACCAACAGCCCCGCCACGCCCAGGGACGGCAAGGACGACGAGGCCGCCGGGGGGAUGGGCAUGGGCCCCAUGCAGCUGCACUCCUUCAGCCUCAACGAGCUCCGCGGCGUCACGCACGACUUCUCCAGCGGCUACCUACUCGGGGAGGGCGGAUUCGGCACCGUCCACAAGGGCUUCGUCGACGCCGGCAUGCGGCCCGGCCUUGAGCCCCAGCCCGUCGCCGUCAAGCAGCUCGACAUUGCCGGCCACCAGGGCCACAGGGAGUGGCUGGCCGAAGUGAUCUUCCUUGGGCAGUUCCGGGACCAGCACCUGGUGAAGCUACUCGGGUACUGCUGCGAGGACGAGGAGCGCCUCCUCGUCUACGAGUUCAUGCCGCGCGGCAGCCUCGAGAACCACCUCUUCAAAAGGAUAUCCGCGACGCUACCGUGGGGCACCAGGCUCAAGGUCGCCAUCGGCGCCGCCAAGGGCCUCGCCUUCCUCCAUGGCGCCAAGCAGCCCGUCAUCUACCGGGAUUUCAAGGCGUCCAACAUCCUCCUCGACUCGGAAUUCACGGCGAAGCUGUCAGACUUCGGACUGGCCAAGAUGGGUCCCGAGGGGGAGGACACGCACGUCACCACCCGCGUCAUGGGCACCCACGGCUACGCGGCACCCGAGUACGUGCAGACAGGCCACCUCACAAUGAAGAGCGACGUGUACAGCUUCGGCGUGGUGCUGCUGGAGCUACUCACGGGCCGCCGGGCCAUGGAGCACAUACGCGGCCGGGGCGCGCACGCUAAACAGACCAUCAAGCUCGUGGAGUGGACCCGGCCCUACCUCGCCAGCAGCCGCCGCCUCCGCUGCAUCAUGGACCCUAAGCUGGCGGGGCACUACUCCGUCAAGGGCGCGCGCGGGCUGGCGCACCUGGCGGUGCAGUGUACCAGCGCGCAGCCCCGGGACAGGCCAAGCAUGGUCGCUGUGGUCGAGGCGCUCGAGCGGCUGCAGGGGCUCAAGGACAUGGCCGUCAGCAUCGGGCUCUGGCCCACCACGCCCGUGGCCGGGAGGAACGCGCUCUCCGCCAAAUUUCGAGCCGAGAUGGAGGGUGCCGGCACCGGCAGCGGUGCUGUCUUGAGGCGCAGAAGCGCGUCCGCUAAGCUGCCGUGA